AUGUCAGACUCUGAAGAGGUCAUCGAAGAACAUGACCAGUAAAACCAAGAGACAAGCGCUGUUGAAGAGGAAGAAUGGAUAGAGGAAGACGACGGGCAGGAAGAACAGGUAGAGGAAGCGGAGGAGGAGACUGAAGAAACCAGGGCAGAAGAACAAGAAGAUGAAACUAAAGCACCAGAAGAAGACACUGGGCCCUUGGAACAGGGUGAAUCAAAGCCAAAACCCAAGGUCUUUAUGCCAAACCUGGUGCCUCCCAAAAUCCCGGAUGGAGAGAGACUGGAUUUUGAUGACAUCCACCGCAAGCGCAUGGAGAAGGACCUGAAUGAAUUGCAGGCGCUCAUUGAAGCCCACUUUGAGAGCAGAAAGAAGGAGGAAGAGGAGCUCUUGUCCCUCAAGGACAGGAUUGAAAAGCGGCGAGCAGAGAGGGCUGAGCAGCAGCGGAUCCGCAGCGAGAGGGAGAAGGAGCGACAAGCCCGCAUGGCCGAAGAAAGAGCUCGCAAAGAGGAAGAGGAGGCACGGAAGAAGGCUGAGGAGGAAGCGCGGAAGAAGAAAGCUUUCUCCAACAUGCUACAUUUUGGAGGCUACAUGCAGAAGUCAGAGAAAAAGGGUGGGAAGAAGCAAACAGAGCGGGAAAAGAAGAAGAAGAUCCUCAGCGAACGGCGGAAGCCCCUUAACAUCGACCACCUCAAUGAGGACAAGCUGAGGGACAAGGCCAAGGAGCUGUGGCAAACCAUCCGUGACCUGGAGGCUGAGAAGUUCGACCUGCAGGAAAAGUUCAAGCGGCAGAAAUACGAGAUCAACGUCCUCCGAAACCGUGUUAGUGACCACCAGAAAGUCAAAGGGUCAAAGGCUGCCCGUGGGAAGACCAUGGUAGGCGGCCGGUGGAAAUAGAUGCUCGGAAGGCGAAGGCGGCUCAUCCAUGGGGAGCUGUGUU